AGCACAUCGCCAACUGAAACCUCUGGCCAAAACAUCAUCUCUCCUUUCCUCCUUGCUCUUCUACUUGUUCCUUUCUGGCGUGCUCUUUGCACAUGAGGCUGGCUACAUGUUAGUCGCGGCUUUCUUGCGCAAUGGCUUGGGCCUCUUGGUGCCUCUGGCGAUAGCCUGCACGAUCUACCUGUAUCUUUAUCCCCUGUUCGGCGGCUGCGCGUUUCCCCUGCCCUCGAGAGACGCCCACGAAGCCUUUGAAGCAACGAAACGGCUGCAUUGGCCCUUCAACGAGACCGAAUCCGAUCCAGACCAUGUGCCAACUCAAUUGGCUCCCUUCCGACUGCUUGCUCUGGGCGAUCCCCAGCUCGAGGGCGACACUUCGAUUCCGACGGUCCUCUUGGGCACGUUCCCCCACGUAAUCAGCAUCUACAAGCAUCUCACCUUUCAGACGCCGCACUGGUCGUUCCGAGAGCGCAUCCGCUGGACGGUGCACGAUAUCGUCGACGUCAUCUUCGAAGACAUUCCAUAUUAUCUCGACUCCUGGCGCAAGCGAUUGGACCUCUUCGGCAACGACUUCUACCUCGCCCACAUCUACAGAACCCUACACUGGUGGUCACGUCCAACACACGUUAGUGUUCUUGGAGAUCUCUUGGGCAGUCAAUGGAUAGAAGACGAUGAAUUCGAGGAGAGAGGUCAGAGGUUCUGGCAGAGAGCUUUCCGCGGCGGAGAGAGAGUUCCCGAUGAUGUCGCCACGUGGCCGGCACACGAAUAUGAUUUGACGGGCAUGUUGGAUGGAUCCGAGGCGGAAGAGAUUUGGACAAAGCGAAUUAUCAACGUUGCUGGCAACCACGAUAUUGGAUAUGCCGGAGACUUGACGCCGGAGCGCCUAGAGCGGUUCGAGCGUGUCUUUGGUAAAGUCAAUUACGAGCUUCGAUUCGGAAUUCCAAUCAACGACACAGAUGUGUUAGCUACUAUUCACCACGACCAAAGGAACCCCGAGUCGAAUCGAUUGGAGCCCGAGAUCCGCAUCGUCGUUCUCAAUGAUAUGAACCUCGACACUCCUGCGAAGGACACAGACCUGCAAGAUGCGACGUACAAGUUCAUCAACACUGUCAUUGGAACCUCGGCCGCUGUCGAAUACUCAGGCAUCUUCACCCUCGUCUUGACCCAUAUUCCUCUGUACAAACCCGAAGGCAUCUGCGUCGAUGCACCCUUUUUCGACUUCCACGGCCCAGAGGAUGGAGGUGGUGUGAAGGAGCAGUAUCUGUUGAGUGCGGACGCAAGCAAAGGCUUCCUCGAGGGAUUCUACGGCAUGAACAAAGACCCCAACGCAGCCGCUGGCGGACGAGGCCGCAAAGGCUUGAUUCUCAACGGACACGAUCACGAGGGUUGUGAUACAUACCAUUUCAUCAACCAGACAAACGGCACAGACCCAAGUGAGCGCUUCUGGGAAGUGGCAAGAUGGCGUGAUGCCCAGGCUCGAGGACUGCCAAACCUGACCUCUUCAGGUGUCCCAGGCCGCCGAGAGAUUACCGUGCGUAGCAUGAUGGGCGACUUUAGCGGCAAUGCCGGCCUUCUCAGCAUGUGGUUCAACCAGGAGACGUGGGAGUGGGAGUACGAGUUUGUCAACUGUCGUCUGGGCACACAGCACUUUUGGUGGUUCGUUCACUUUCUGGAUUUAGGAGUCGUCGUCGCCUUUGUGGUGUACAUCCUGGUGAGCAUUUUGGGAUUCGUGGGAGUUGAUGUGGAUGCACGCUUCUUUCAGGGGGUUGCCUGGGGAGGACGCAAGAUUGCUCCCUGGUGGUAUCAGAAGAGAGAUGACGCGGCGUCACAGAACGGACAUGCUAGGAUAAAGGGGUGAUUGGAUAUGGUAGCGAAUACCCAACGUUUUCUUGUACGAUAAUAGACGUGUUUAUGUAGCAUACGCAUGAAUUGGGGGUGGGGAUUCUUGUUACGUGUUUGCUGGGCUUCUCUUUGUAAUGGUCAAGGAACGCAUGGCUUGUGAAUGCAUAGCCGGGGGCUGUUAUCUUUACAAAUUUAGGAUGAUAUGGAUUUCUUUUGGGUACUUUAUGAAAAUGAGUUUGUUGCUUUG